AAAAUUUUAAAAAGAAGAAGGGUAAGACACCAAGGACAAGAAAACAAAGAAGAGACAGAGGGAACCUAAGAGCAUUUUGCUCAACAGCUCGUGUACCUCUCGCCCCAUCUCUCCCUCCACCAAACCCUAGCUCUCUCUCUCUCUCCAAUCUUCGAUCUCUCUCCGCUCCGAUCCUCAGGACCUCAAAAGUACCUCCCUUUAUCCCCCUUUCAAAAAUCUAGGGUUUUAUUCAAACUCUCUAACACACCAUGGAUGGCCAGCACAGAGCUUGACACUCUUCUCUCUUGCUCCAAAUCCAAGAGCCAAAAUUUACCCAAAAGGGGUUCGAAAUUAGACCAUGUAUAGGGAACGUGGAGGUGGUGGGUCGUCGAAAACGGAGAUUGUUGGUGGGCCGCUCGACCGCAAGCGCAUCAAUGAUGCGCUGGACAAGCACCUAGAGAAGUCCUCCCCAUCCACAUCGAGAGCUUUGGCUAAUAGUAAAGAUAAAGAGAGGCUCUCUGUGCCCUCCACUUCCACUGGUAAAUCUCAGCUCGAUCAUCGUGUUGCCGCUGCCGCUGCCGCCUCGCUCACCAAGAACAAAUGCUCUGAUGAGGAAUCUGAAACAGACAGUGAAGAAUCAGACGUCAGUGGUUCUGAUGGAGAUGACACAUCAUGGAUUUCAUGGUUCUGCAAUUUGCGAGGAAAUGAAUUUUUUUGUGAAGUUGAUGAUGAAUACAUCCAAGAUGAUUUUAAUCUCUGUGGUUUGAGCAGUCAAGUUCCAUAUUAUGAUUACGCACUUGAUCUGAUUUUGGAUGUUGAAUCUUCUCAUGGUGAUAUGUUCACUGAAGAACAGAAUGAGUUGGUUGAAUCAGCAGCCGAGAUGCUAUAUGGUCUUAUUCAUGUUCGAUACAUACUGACUACUAAAGGAAUGUCUGCAAUGUUGGAGAAGUACAAAAACUAUGACUUUGGACGAUGCCCAAGAGUUUACUGCUGUGGACAACCCUGCCUUCCAGUUGGUCAAUCAGACAUUCCUCGUUCAAGCACUGUAAAGAUAUACUGCCCCAAAUGCGAGGAUAUAUAUUACCCUCGAUCCAAGUACCAAGGCAAUAUUGAUGGGGCUUAUUUUGGAACCACAUUUCCACACCUAUUCUUAAUGACAUAUGGGCACCUUAAGCCACAAAAGGCGACGCAGAGUUAUGUUCCAAGAGUUUUUGGCUUCAAGCUCCACAAGCCGUAACCACAAUGCAAACGGCUAAACUUGUGAUGAGAUCUUGUAUUGACCAGCCUCGGAUUUUUGUGAUGCCUCAUGACUCCAUUGGUGAAUGGAUUGGCUGUAAAAAGUGAGGUAAAAUGCAGUAGCUCAGAAAGUACUACGGGUGAUCUACCAUUGGAAAUGUUUAAAGUGCAAAUUGGCGUAUUAGCAGAGCAAAUCUGUCUUUGAAUUUUAAUCUUGAGAUUAACAGAGCGCUUGUAAGAUGAUUUCAUUUUCUUUAUUGAGAUUAAUGUGCUUUUCAUUUUCAGUUCCUGUUUAUCAUUCCUUUUACUAUGAUAAAUCAUGCUCCGAUCUUUAUGCCCCUU